UUUAGCUGUAAUAUGAACGUAGCAUGCUAACGACCCCCCAGUCAUUAGUCAUCACAACGUCUCCUCUGGGUCCUGGAUGCUCAUCCUGAGCGGUGUUGGAGUUUAACAACAGUUAACCUGAGUCCUGUGUGGACUGAGGAGCAGGAGGCUGUGGAGGUGUGGAUCAGAUGUGAAGGGGCUGUCGGACACGCACACGCUCAAGAAGCUGCUUCACGUCACUCUGGGCUGAAAAUGUUCAUUUGGACGCCAUAAUAAAAAUGAAAAAAGAGGAAUGAAAAAAAAAAAUGAAAAAAGAGGAAUAAGGAACAAAAAGUGGAAGCAAUCUCAGUGAGAAGCAGCGCUUCUUUAGGAUGGUAAUUCAGAGUCAUGUUCUUCAUUUUAGAAACAGCUUUAACGGACAGGACUGGCCCAGUCUUUUGCAGAGCUAAUGAGUCCACUGGGCUGCAGGAGCGGUGGAUGGAGACAGAACUGCUGAGACGACAGGACCGACAGCUUUCCCUCCUGAACCAGAAGCAUGGGCCGAUAACAUCAUUAAAUAUUAAACGGCUCAGCGUGUGGUCGCACGUAAAUCUGUUGUCGGAAAAUGGAUCAACAAAGUUGGAACCAACAAUGCGCUGGUGGGUUUUGGGCAAAGUUAAUUGAACGCAUCACACCCAGUUUCAGGAAAUUGCUUUUUCCACAGCUUCUGACAUUUUAUUGACAAAAUGAUUGAAUAAGAAAAUAACUGGCAGAUUAGAUCGAUAUAGAAAAGAACCGUCUCCAGCCCUUCAGUACUUUUAUGACGAUGGUGUUCAUCAACAAUCAGCAGCUCAGCCUAUAAAAUGUCUGAACAGGGUCAAAGAUGUCCAUGACACUGCCUAAAGUGACUUCACCUGUUUUUCCAUCUAAUCUAGAGCAAAAUCCAAAAAGGUAUAAAAACUCCACGAGUCACAACAGGAAGCUGAAACAAUUUCACUCAAGCGAUUAAUCAUUCACUCACUGCAGGUGCUCCAUCACACACAGUGACGACCACUACUUCCACAUCCUGACGCUACUCGUGAUUUGGACGGCGAAUCUGGGGCUCCGUGGGAGUUAGAGAGAGGACACGACUUACUCGAAGGCGAAGAAGAGCGAGCACGUCCCGACGAUGAGGAACAGGGUCAGAGAACGUUUACAGGUAGAAGGAUUUCUGGAUGUGACUCUGUGUCUGGUGAAAGACUCUGACGGGACAGUGCUUCUGCCCAUUGCACCGUCCCGCCUUUCACAGCUCGACCUGCACUCUCUCCAAACCGUGGUGCCUUCAGACGGUCCUUGUGAACUAGUUUGGAGUCAGGCUCCUCUACAGUCAAAAAAGGAGAGAGGAAAAAUGAAAGGUAAUAAACUCCAGUUAAUUCUCCAGGAGCUGCUUGAGUCUCAAGGUGAAAGAUGGACAGAAGAGCUGAAAGCAGACCUCCCUCGCAGCUUCCACAGGCAUCAAGACCUGGUCCUGCUGGGAGAUAAAUGCUUCUCUCAGCCAUUAUGGAAGAAAAUAGAUCAACAGCUGUGGAGGACAGUAGCCAAGGGCCUGGGGGCAAAGCGCCUGGCAAAAAUGAGCCGAAUAUCCAGCGAUGGAUUCAGAUCCCCAGUUGUCACAAUGCUGUUAGGGGACCACAGCUGGGUCAGACAUGUUGAUAAUGGCAUUAAGUAUGAGUUUGAUGUGACUAAAUGCAUGUUUUCAGCUGGAAACAUAACAGAGAAGCUCCGUGUGGCUGGAUUUGACUGCAGAGAAGAGACUGUGGUGGAUUUAUAUGCAGGUAUUGGAUACUUCACUCUCCCAUAUCUGGUCCAUGCGAGGGCGACUCAUGUUCACGCCUGCGAAUGGAACCCCAAUGCUGUUGAAGCUUUGCGCAGAAACCUAGAGGCAAACAGGGUGUCUGAUCGCUGCACAGUUCAUGAAGGAGACAACCGACAGCUCCAGCUGUGUGACAUUGCUGACCGAGUGAACCUGGGUCUUAUCCCGAGCUCCAAGGACGGCUGGCCCGUAGCCUGCCGCCUGCUGAGGAGGACAACUGGUGGCAUUUUGCACAUUCACCAGAACGUUACCUCACCUUUACUGAACACUGCAGCGGUUCCAGCAAUCAAUGACGGUGCGCAGAUGGUUUCUGGGAAGAAAGCUGACAGGGAGGCAUGGCAGGCCUGGGCAGAUGACACAGCAAAGCGUAUUAUUUCUCUUUUGGGGGACGUUACUGGUUCACAGUGGAACACGAACAUACAGCACAUAGAACAUGUGAAGUCAUACGCUCCUCAUGUUCACCAUAUUGUGCUAGACCUGGAGUGCAGACCAUCUUAAAUAACCGGACUGACUCAGAUGCUGAGUGCUUUCGAUAGUUACUUAAUGGGUCAGCCAUUGAAACCAGCUACUGUAGUGUUUUUAUAAACUUUUAUUUAUUCAGGGCAGGUUCACAAAUUCUGUUUGUUACUGACUCAUACUCGUGCGAAUUUCAUUCCACCUGGAACCUGUCCAGACAUACAGUAGCGCAGUCUCAUCUGUGAGCCACUGGACAAAUUUACAGGAGUAAUGGCAGAUCCAGUGCUUUGCUCAGGAGCAUCUAACCGCUGUGUUCGAUUCACUGUCAAAGAAGGAACACCCAAACAUUAAACUCGUCCAUUAUGUGAUUUGUUCUGUAGGUGUGUGUAAACUGACAAGCAAACAUUAUUUUUCCAGAUGCUCUCAUGCAGGGAUCCCCGACUGGUUUACACAGCGUAGAAAUGAUGUGAAUCACAUGAUGUGGCCUUUGUGCUCAUCAGGUCUGAAGCUAGAUGAACAGAUGUUGGAUGUGUUGAACCCAAAUAAGGGAAAAUCUUCUACAUGACUGGUGUUCAACCUUCUGGUAGUAAUCUCUGCCAAGGAGUUGUAGAUCCCCUCGUCAGUGUGCAUCUGAAGUAGAGACUGCAGGAUCUGCAAAUAAAAAAUGAAUGAGGUCUUGCUUGUUGCCAGAAUGGUCACAUUAACACAGAUCAGUUUGUGAUUGACAGCCCAUGUGUUUCCUCCAUGUGUAGACACUGUAUAGUUUCAGAUUUACAGUGAUUAUGUCAUUUUUUUAAUUUAUCAGACUUAUUCUGAUUAAAGUGUUAAAAAUGUCAAGUA